CAUGUCAUGAAAGUUGAAAUUGAAAUUAAACAAUUUUAAAAUCCAUGGAUAUUCUGAAAAUUCAGGGUCAAUACUCAAUAGAUGUAAAAAACGAGAAAGUUGAAAGUCUCUAAAGGCUGGUACAAUUUAGCUCCACCUUGUCCAGAAAGCUAAAUUGUUACCACCUUCAAACUCAAGGGUUAAAACAUUAAUUUGAAAUGAGAUACUGAUUUGUAAUCAAGUUUAAUCAUUUCCAUCUAAACAUUUGUGUCUUUACGCAUCAUUUACACCAGAUAUUCAACCUGAUAAUCGGACAAUUAAUGCUUUUUGAAAACUUGGUGAUACAAGAUCAAUCUUGAAAUGAGUAAUGGGUUACAGAUAGCAGCUUGGAACUUUAAUUCAUGCCUAAUUGUGUAUUCAUUUUACUUUGAUAAACACCAAAGAAUCUUGACAAACGCUUCUCCUCAUUAGUUACUGUGAUUUUUUACCCAAUUUUCACGAUGGAAGCGAAAGGUUCAACUGUAAAUGCCGUUGAAUCUAAAAAUCUUUACUAUGCUUAUACCAAAGGUUCAUCAAGAGUAACUGCUCUCAACCAUUUAACCCUAACGAUUCCAAGUGGAUGUAUUUAUUGUUUAAUUGGUCCCUCUGGUUGUGGUAAGACAACUUUCCUAAAAUCAUUAAUUGGUCUGAUUAAAGUUGAAUUUGGUUCAACACUUCUUUACGGUUAUCCAUUGGGCCAUAAACACCUAUUAAUUCCUGGUAGUGAUUUGGGUUACAUGCCACAAGAGGUUGCCCUAAAUGAUGAUUUAACCAUAGAUGAGAUGUUGAGGUAUUUUGUGCGGUUAAACAAGACCAUUUCAACAACUGUGCGAGACAAAAACAUUCAACAAAAUGCAGAGCCUCCAAUCAACGAAUCAAUUGUUUCUGGUGACAAUUUUGACAAACAUUUAGAUUCUCUAUCUCUUCCAUGUAAAUCAACUUUAAUCAGUUCUUUAAGUGGUGGACAGAAGCGUCGAGUUUCCUUCUUGUGUUCCCUUCUCAAUAACCCAAAAUUGAUAAUUCUGGAUGAGCCAACUGUGGGAUGUGAUCCAUUAGUUAUCUGUUCAAUGUGGGAUUUAUUACAUAAAAUUACAGCCUCUAAACAGUCAACCAUUAUAAUCACAACCCAUUAUUUAGAAGAGGCUCGUAAAACUGAUGUUAUCGGGUUCAUGAGGAAAGGACAAUUGCUUGAACACGGGACACCCGACAAUGUGCUUAACCGUCUAAAGGUAAAUUCAAUUGAGGCUGCUUUCGCCUUUAUGUGUCUACAGUACAAAAAAAGUAAACACAAAAAUCCCAAGCAAUUAAAGUAUUCACCUUCUAAUUGUCUUCCAUCAACAUCAAAACAAAAAUUUGAUCCUCCAAAUGAUCCUCCAUUGAAAGAAGCGAACCCAAAUAAAACCCAAAAAUUUUCAGUCAAUUGGUUUGAUCUGGUCAUUGCUUCCAUUUGUUGCAUACAAUUGACUUAUGCUGUAACAAAUAGACUUUGUCUUCGUCUAUUUAAGCUUAAAAUGGUCCUCUUAUCUUCAAUUUUAGUGGUUCCUUUUUUGGUUCUCUUGACCAACAUAGGAAUUGGUGGUACACCAAUGGUAACUCUUGGUUUAGUUAAUAAUGAAAUAGACAACCCGAAAGGAAGUGACAUUUUUCUGAACAAAAUCAGUCCACAUUUGGUUCAAUUCAUUGCUUACAAUAAUAGUGAAGCUGCUCUUCACGACUCUUUAGUGGGUAAACUUGAUGGUUAUGUUAUGAUUUCAUCUCAUUUCACUUCCAAGCUCAUUGAUCAAUAUACUUUUACAGAGCAUUUUGAUACACUUGCUUCAAGCAAUCCUUUACUAACCCACUCUACAUCGCCAGUCAUUUAUCAUGGUGACAGCAUACGAACAGUUGUAGUCAAGACAAUGACAGUAAUCCUGGAGUCAGCAAUCGAUGAGGCCUUGCCAUCAAUAUUUAACGCUUCUGGAUUGAAUCCCAAUCUUGGAAAACGAUUUGUGGUCAAAGUUGAUCCAAUUGCUGAACCAGUGUCACCUGAUGAUAUGUACAAUGCUUAUAACUUUUGGAUGCCAAAAUUUCUUAUUUUCUGGUCUUUUGUGACAAUUGUUAUGCUCUCUUCGUUUUCAUUUUAUCGAGAUCGUACCGAAUCUCUAUUUGAACGCAAUCUUUCUGCUGGUUUAACGAAAACCCAAUUUAUUUUUGGUCACUUUCUAUCUUCGAUGAUUGUCCCUUUGCUCAAUAGUUGGCCAGUCCUUUUUAUUACCAUUCAUUUGCUUGGAGCUCCGUGUAAAGGUUCACUGUUUUUGUCUUGGUUAAUUUACAUGAGUAACGGUGCCACUGCGGUUGCCACUUCAUUGGCUUUGGCUGCUGUUGACGUUACAAUUGGGUUCAUUUAUAUUUUAAUAUCUGCUUACAUCUUCAGUGGUAUAGCUACAGCUGGAAUACUUUGGCCUUAUCAAGCGUUACCAUACUUUGUAAAACCAUACAUUUCCAUAUUUCCAUUCACUUUCAACAUUGACUCCAUGAUAAGAGUCUUAGCUCACGGAGCUACAUGGGAAGAUUCAGUAAUUAGACGGGGACUCUUGGAAAAUUUCAUUUACAUUUGCUUAGUUUUAACCUUAGUUCGUAUUAGAUUGCAUUAAGAUAUUACUUAAUUAUUUGGAAAGGAUCCAAACAUUUAUACAAUAUAUAAAGUGACAUCGAUUGCGCUAAAUUGUGGCUAAACUGAGCGAGUUCCGAGGAAAAUUUUGACUUAUGAAAGUUAUGAUUAAAAUACAUUCACCAAAAAUAGCCAGAGCUUUCUUAGGACUCAGGUUUCUGAGAAAUGCGUGUAAAUGGAGGGGAAAAACGCUGAAUCCAUAUUGCAAACUAUUGAGUUUGGGGAAAAAUCUGGAAUCUCAAAAAAAGGCUGAAUAUGAAUAUCAUCAUGGGACAAAAGCUGGAAAUCUUAUUUUUUAGAUUUCUCAUUUUUACGAUGGUUUUACCUAUGGACUUUACCUUACAGAUCAACCAUGAUCAGAGGAUUUGCCUGUUAGUUUAACUUCCAACUCUUUAGCAAAAACUUACAAUUCAUUCUGAAAUCUACACCGAAUCAACAUGAAUUCACUGUAUCUAUUUAAAUUUUUGCUUUAUUCAUUUAUCUAGAUAUAUUUAUCGAUUUUUUUUAUAGAUUGACGCAAAAAUGAGUUCCCUAGCAUUUAAGAUUACUGAGUAAUCAACGCGCCAAGGACGCCCAGUAUAAAUCUAAUCGUAAAGCUUCUUCGGACAAUUUAAUUAUUUGAUAAGAAUCAUCAACUUCUUCUGAUUUUACCAGAUCAGUUUUCAUCUUGAUCUUGAUUAUUUUGUUAAUAAUUAGAUAAGACCAGCUUAAUACUAAUAAGUGCCUCCACCGACUUCAGAUAAUUUUAUGUUUUUUUGUUAAAAUCACUAUGGAUAAACAUUUUGAACAUUUAUAUGACCAAUGAACCACAGAUUUUUAUAUUCAAGCUUUUUGUUCAGUAAACAUGAUUUACUCAAAAUAACUUCUCAUUAUGAUUUAUUUCCAUUUAUUUAUCUAACAAUAUCAAAACUGUCGAAACAUUUUCUACCCUAGCUACCACUAUUAAAAUAAGAUUUAGAUAACAAUCAAGUUUAUUACUUAUCGACUUAUCCAAAUAAACUGAUGUACUUUUACCUGAAGUGAAAUCUUGAGCUUGAGCAUACCCUGAAUCAACUUUUAUUUGUAUUGGUGAUUAUAUAAACUUGAAAAACAAAAGGAGAGAUGACAAUGAUUGAAGUAAUUACGCACGACCAAGUUGCUUGAAGAUCCAAUCUUGAGUAGCCUCAAGAGAAAUUUUUAUUUAUCGCUUGAAAUUUAAAAUCAAUAAAAAUAACUUUCAUUUGAUUUAAUCAGUGAGCUUCAUUUAUAAUACAUGGGAGACGAUAGAAAGUGCAAAUAUUAUCUUUUAGAAGUCAAAUUAACUUGGAAACCAAUUCUGAAUAACUCUGUAGAGCCUAUGAUCUACAAGCUUGAUAACGUUUUAGGAAUUGAUAAAUGCCACCAAAAGUAAAUAAAGGAUG